AAGCGCCCGCGGAGUCAGUCAGGGACGGAGCAUUAUUACUUAUUAUUGAAUGUUGCCCCGCAUACGUCACGCUACAGAGAAGACUCCGAGUCGGAAGAGCCCUUUCAAAUUCUCACACACGCGACCCCUCGUCAAACUCUUCCCUGUGCGCAAAUCACUUGACAAACGCCUGCGGCAAAGGCUCAAGAUGAAGCAGAGGUUCUCGUCGCUAGAUGUCAAGGUCAUAACCCGCGAGCUUGACUCUGCGCUGACUAGUUUGCGGGUUUCGAAUAUCUAUGAUCUCUCUUCGCGCAUCUUCCUGUUCAAACUUGCAAAGCCAGACAAUCGCAAACAGCUCAUUGUCGACUCUGGUUUCCGCUGCCACCUCACAGAAUACUCGCGCUCGACUGCCACUGCCCCUUCUCCGUUCGUUACGCGGCUUCGAAAGACGCUCAAAACCAGACGGGUUACUUCCGUUACGCAAAUUGGGACGGACCGCAUCAUCGACAUUGUCUUUAGCGAUGGCGUAUACCACCUCUUUCUCGAGUUCUUCGCGGGCGGAAACAUAAUCCUGACGGACCGUGAUUACACUAUCCUAACUCUGUUCCGCCAGGUUCCUGCUGGAGGUGAUCAGGAGGAAGUGAAGGUCGGAUUGAAGUAUACUGUGACGAACAAGCAGAAUUAUGGAGGGGUUCCGGAACUGUCAAAAGAUAGAGUGAAGGAGACACUACAAAAGGCAAUUGCAUCUGGAGCUGCUCAGGAGGCGGCAAAGAAGUCGAAGAAGAAGUCAGCAGAUCUUCUCAGGAAAGCUCUUUCGUUAGGGUUUCCCGAAUAUCCUCCCCUGCUAUUGGAUCAUGCAUUUGUAGUAAGGGGAUUUGACUCUAGUAUCCUUCCAGACCAGGUUCUGCAGGACGACGGGAUCCUGGAGAAGUUGAUGGGUGUUUUGGAAGAAGCUGAAAGCGUCAGCAAGCAGCUGUCUGCGAGCGACAAGCAUCCUGGAUACAUUGUGGCGAAGGAGGAUAAACGACCGGUCCCGGAUUCGACAGCGGAGAAGAAGACCUCUUACCUCUACGAAGAUUUCCAUCCGUUCAAGCCUCAGCAAUUUGAAGGGAAGCCCGAAACCACGAUUUUGGAAUUUGACGGAUUUAACAAGACAGUUGACGAGUACUUUUCAUCACUAGAGUCUCAGAAGCUGGAGUCGAGGUUGACAGAGCGUGAAGAGGCGGCUAGACGCAAACUGGAAGCUGUGAGACAGGAACAUGAAAAGCGGCUUGGUACUCUGCAGCAGGCUCAAGAAAUACACAUCCGCAAGGCCGAGGCCAUCGAGGCCAAUGUCUUCCGAGUGCAAGAGGCUAUGGAUGCGGUCAAUGGGUUGAUUGCCCAAGGUAUGGACUGGGUGGAGAUGGCGAGAUUGAUCGAGAUGGAGCAGAAUAGGAAUAACCCUGUUGCUAAGAUCAUUAAGCUUCCUCUGAAACUGUAUGAAAAUACGGUUACUCUCCUCCUCGGCGAAGAGAAUUUCCAGCAGGAAGCGGAAGAUGACGAAGCAUACGGAAGCGAAUCCGAAUCAGAGAGUGAGAAAGACAGCGAAGAUGAAAGGCAGGGUCCGACCGCUUCUCAGCUGCUGGAAAUUGACAUCGAUCUGGGCUUGUCCCCAUGGGCUAACGCCACACAAUACUAUACGCAGAAGAAAGUGGCUGCUGUCAAAGAGCAGAAGACAGCCCAAUCAUCAACAAAGGCACUCAAGAGCCACGAGAAGAAGGUCACAGAAGAUCUCAAAAAGAGUCUCAAACAGGAGAAGCAGGUUCUUAGGCCGGCGCGGAAGCCGUUUUGGUUUGAGAAGUACCUAUUCUUUAUUUCUUCAGAAGGGUAUUUAGUAUUAGGCGGCCGCGAUACUCAUCAGACCGAGAUCCUCUACCGACGAUACCUCAAGAAAGGUGAUAUCUUUGUGCAUGCGGACCUGGAGGGCGCCACGCCUAUGAUUGUGAAGAACCGACCCGGACAGUCUGAUGCUCCUAUUCCUCCUGGUACUCUGUCCCAGGCCGGUAACUACUCAGUAGCCACGUCGGUUGCAUGGGACUCUAAAGCCGUCAUGUCGGCUUGGUGGGUACAUGCCAACCAAGUGUCCAAAACCACUGAAACUGGUGAAUUGCUGGUCACGGGAGGUUUUGUCAUAAAAGGCGAAAAGAAUUUCCUCGCUCCAUCACAGCUAGUCCUUGGCUUUGCUGUCAUGUUCCAGGUGAGCAUGGAAAGCGUCCAGAACCACAGGAAAUACCGACUGCACGACGCAGAGGAAACACCGGUAACGGAACAAGUGGCGGAAUCCGAGACCCAGAAAGGAGAAACUCCAAGCAUUGAGACUCCUGCUGAGAAUCCCGGUGACGAUAAGGAGCAAACAUCUUCGGAUAACGAUGCGGGACGUGCGGAUCAGCGAGAAGACAGCCCCGAGUCAGAUGAAGAUGACCAUCUUGACGAGAAGCCAGCCGAGAACCCUUUGCAAAGCGGUGCCUCUGAACCUGUGGAGGAAGGUAUAAAACCAGAAAACUUCGACGAGGAGGGAUCCGACGACGAGGAAGGCUCAGAAAAAGCGGAAGAGCACGAAAAGGACCAAGAAGCUCCAGAAGAAACCGGUCCCACAAAGGAAGGGAAGCAGGAGUCAUCUCGCCCACAAGCCGGUCGCAGACACCUUUCAGCUCGAGAAAAACGAUUAGCGAAGAAGGGAAAGCCGCUGGAUGUCCCAACGGCCUCCAGCGACGUAGCAGAUGAUGCUUCCUCCAUAGCAGCUGAUCCACCUUCCCCUUCGACCGCACCCUCUGUGGUAGCGAAAUCAGCGGCUCUUUCUCGCGGAAAGAGAGCCAAAGCCAAGAAAGCCGCUGCGAAAUACGCCGAUCAAGACGAGGAGGACCGAGAACUUGCCCUGCGCCUCCUUGGCUCUACCAGUAAGCCCAACAAAGCCGCCAUAGCCGCAGCAGAAAGAGAGAAGCGGAACGCCGAGAUAGAAGCACAAAGAGAACGCCGUCGAGCCCAGCACAACCGUGCCGCAGAAGCAGAGCGCCGACGACUAGCCGCUCUAGAAGAGGGCGCAGACGACUACGACGAAGAAACCGCCAAAGCAGAAGCCGCUGACCUCUCCUGGCUUCCAGCCCUAGUGGGAACACCACUACCAGAGGACGAAGUCCUCGCCGCUAUACCAGUCUGCGCACCAUGGGCCGCACUCACCAGAUACAAGUAUCGCGCAAAGCUACAACCCGGAACAGUCAAGAAGGGCAAAGCAGUCAAGGAGAUCCUCGGGCGUUGGAUCGCCGAAUCAACUGCUGGUGCGAAGAAGGGCAAGAAGGAAGAUAUCGAAGAAACAGGCGUCGAUAGGGCAACUGCGGAGAGGAUGCGUGCGCGCGAAGCAGAGCUCAUUAAGGCUUGGAGAGAGGCCGAAAUCGUGAAUACUGUCCCGGUUGGUAAAGUGCGGAUCAUAACUGGUGGAGGUAGCGGUGGAGCUGGUGGAGGAGGAGGAGGAGGCGGAAAAGGAGGAGAAGGGAAGGGGAAGAGUAACCAGAAAGGAGGAAAAGGUGGUAAGGGAGGAAAGAAGAAGUAGUUAAUAACCCCCGGUCUUGAGAAGAUAUUUAGAGAUAUAUGUAGGGCGAGAUAGACAUAUUGUAUGUAUGUACAUAAAAUAUAAACAUGGAUAGUUAAUCUCCUG